ACCUUGACCCCGGAAUGACCUCAAAGUGACAGUUGUUCGGAAAGAUGUCGAUGCGUCGGCGAAACAGUUUCUACAGGACGUUUAAGAACGUCUCACCAGAAUAUGAUGACUAUGUUAAAGACAGAGGAUUAACUGCUUCUGCACAAAACAAAUGGGUGUUCGAAAUUGCAUGGGAAGUUGCAAAUAAAGUUGGGGGUAUCUACACAGUGAUCAAGUCAAAGGCACCUGUGACUGUGGAGGAACUGGGAGAGCAGUACUGUCUACUUGGUCCGUAUAAUGAGUCCUGUGUCCGUACUGAAGUCGAGCUGCUGGAGCCGCAGACUUACAUGUUCCGAGAAACGCUGCAGACUAUGCGAGAUGCAGGCAUUAAGGUUUAUUUCGGAAGAUGGUUGAUUGAAGGAUACCCAAAAGUGGUACUUUUUGACAUCGGAUCUGCAGCAUGGAAAUUGGAUGAGUUCAAACACGAGUUAUGGGAGAAGGCAAACAUAGGAAUACCUUGGCAUGAUCGAGAAUCUAAUGAUGCUGUCAUCUUUGGUGCGCUAGUAGCAUGGUUUAUUGGAGAGUUCAGGAAAAAUUUAGAUGGCAGUCCACUACUGAUUACACACUUCCACGAGUGGCUGGCUGGGGCAGGACUAAUCUACCUACGUACCAGGAAAGUGGACACUGCUACAAUAUUCACUACCCAUGCCACUCUGCUUGGGCGUUAUCUGUGUGCUGGUAGCACAGAUUUCUACAACAACUUAGAAAAGUUUAACCUUGACAAGGAAGCAGGUGACCGGCAGAUCUACCAUAGGUACUGUAUGGAGCGGGCGGCAGUUCACUGUGCUCAUGUCUUCUCCACUGUAUCCGAGAUCACUGGUAUUGAGGCAGAACAUCUUCUAAAAAGAAAGCCUGAUGUGAUUCUUCCAAAUGGUUUAAAUGUUGUCAAGUUUAGUGCUAUCCAUGAAUUCCAAAAUCUCCAUGCAAUUUACAAGGAAAAAAUCCAUGAUUUUGUUAGAGGACAUUUUUAUGGGCAUUAUGACUUUGAUCUAGAUAAGACUCUUUACCUAUUCACUGCGGGGCGAUAUGAAUUUUCCAACAAAGGAGCUGAUGUUUUCAUAGAGGCUCUAGCACGACUCAACCACUUCCUGAAGAGUUGUGGAAGUGACAUGACUGUGGUAGCAUUCCUAAUUUUCCCAGCCAAAACAAAUAAUUUUAACGUGGAGUCCCUUAAAGGCCAGGCAAUUGCUAAGCAGUUAAAGGAUACAGUCCAACAUGUACAAAACCAGAUUGGCAAGAGGAUGUUUGAGAUCUGUCUUAGGGGAAAUCUACCAAAAGGGGAGGACAUACUUUUACAAGAUGAUGUUGUGAAGCUGAAGAGGUGUAUAUACACAGCUCAGCGACACAGCCUGCCUCCCAUCUCGACACACAAUGUAGUGGACGACUGGAAUGACCAGGUGCUGACCUCACUCCGCAGGUGUAAACUUUUCAACAAUCGUGAUGACCGUGUCAAGGUGAUCUUUCACCCAGAGUUCCUUAACUCCACCAAUCCACUGUUUGGUCUGGACUACGAGGACUUUGUACGGGGCUGCCACAUGGGCGUUUUCCCGUCCUACUAUGAGCCGUGGGGAUACACACCAGCGGAGUGUACUGUGAUGGGCAUCCCUAGUAUAACAACAAAUCUAUCCGGGUUUGGCUGUUUCAUGCAUGACCACAUAGUGGACCCCAAGUCUUACGGGAUCUACAUUGUAGACAGACAGAAAAAAGGUUUAGAGGACUCCAUACAGGAGCUGUCCCAGUACAUGUUUGACUUCACAUGCCUGUCAAGGAGACAGAGGGUUAUACAGAGGAACAGAACCGAGCGACUCAGUGAUCUGCUGGACUGGAAAAACCUGGGUGUGUACUACAGGAAAGCCAGACAUUUAGCAGUGACGCGGGCAUAUCCAGAUGCAGAAGAGGGAGAUAACAUGUCUGAGAAAUCGGGCAAGAAGUUCAUGUAUCCAAAGCCAGCAUCAGAACCUCCAUCACCAUCAAUGUCAAGGUCAUCCACUCCUGCACCCUCAGAUACAGAAGACCCGGACCAUGAUGACGAUGAUUUAGAUGAUCAUGAAGAUGAUGAUUUUGAUGAAGAUCCAGAGGCUGACCAGAACAAAUAAAUUGCCCUGACAUUGAAGGGAGAGACCUUCAGUAUGAGAGAAUGUGACACUAACAGAGCAUAGAGCAUACCCUCAAGGGAGUGUGUUGUAUCUAGUGAGUCAAAGGCAGUGUUGAUGAUUGCAUAGACAAAUUAAUGGUUAUUUAUGAAGUCUUUAGUCUUUAGUUUUGAUAGAUCAUCCUACAAGAAAAAAUCACUUUUGAUCGUAAUAUUGUCAAUAAAGUACAGCUGAUAUGUCAACGAUAAAUUCAUUGUAACUCAUUUAAGUGACUAGAUAGGAUUGUGACGCAUGUAACAUUAGAUAUUUGUAGAUAGAGUAAAUGUUGAUACCGGUAAUGUCAUGCUACAAGGUGUAUUAUUACUCCAGGCCUGAGGUAAGUAGUAUGUGACUGGCAGUUGGUUAUAAGUUAGGAUAGGAGAUGGUAAUUGGUUUUUAAUAGAUUUUUUUUAAUUUAAGAACUUUGUUAAUCCUAACAUCCAAACAUGAAGCAACAUGUUUCCUGUUAAAGAUCUGAUUCUACUGCACUUUUCCUUUCUGAACCCAAUUCUUGUUAGAGAUUGACCAUUUCAACUGAUUGCAAAAUACUACAGAUUCAUUAACAGUAGCUGAUUUUAUUGACAGUUUUCAGCGAGCAAGGUAUGAGAACUACAUAUAGAUCCCCAUAAGUUUUGGUCUUCAUUGUAAUGCACUUUUGAAUUGGAUUGAAACUUCAGAUAUAGAAGACAUUAUUUUUUAUUGAAGAUCAAUAUAUUAUUAAGCCCAAGUUUUUUUUACCAUAUUGUCCUCAUAAGUCAAAAUUACAUUGCAAGUGGGGCCCUCCCAGAUUACUUGCAGCUAGGUGAUGGCAUAUUUCUAGAUUACAAAAUGUCAAAUAUUUUGAGAUUCCAUUCGAAGACAAAUCUUGAAUGUGCAAGUCUUUUAAGAAUUUAUGUUUGAAAAUAACAAAUUUAUUAAAUGUUUUUUUAAAAUUACCUGGUAGAAACCACUGUAAAUGCUGUCAAUUGGUGUGACAAUUUCAAUUAUGUAAAUCAAGACACAAAACAACAAAUAUAAAAGUAAGACACAUUUCUAAUGAAGUCGCAUAGAAGCUAGGGCAGCGGGGACUACUAGAAGGACAUCGAUCCAUGGACCACAGCCGCUGCAAGCCUGUCCGCAUCUGAGGAGCUGUCCAACUUCAGAGCGUGACCUGGGUGGGCAGGACUUAAGAAUCUCUGAGGGCCCAGUAAGCGCCCACUUACCCCCUCAAGUCGACCGAACACUGACUUUGUCAGUGAAGUGUAAACUUUAAACUCAUCAACCAACCAACCAACAAUGAAGUCUAGAGAUCAAAGGAAAUCUGUCACUUUUGUUACAGUGUUCGGUCCCUUGACAGGGCCACAUAUUGACUUUAGUUACAGUGUUGCAGUCCCUUGACAGGGCCACAUAUUGACAAUAGUGGUCACAAUGUACAUAUUUAGCUUUCAAGAUUAUUUGCGAUGCUAGCCAAUGUUUUACGAGAGGUAGAUUACCAAUCUAUCCAUGUUAUGGAGCUUUUGAUGAGUGUUAGCAGGCCUUAUCCUUGUUAGGAUAUACCUGUGUUUUGGCUAAGAAUAUACAUUGAUAUGUAGAUAUUUGUGGUUUUAUUAUAUUUUAUGGAACAAGCUGUUCUGUUAUUGUAGCAUGGAAUGUUGAAAUAAGGAAGUAAGGUUUUCUUGUAGGGAUAGGAAUGUUGUGACAAUCUUGAGCUAUGCAUGAGCGUGCUUGGAAGCUUGCUGAUCUUAUGUAUUAUAGAAGUCAAUGAAUGCUGUGUUGUUGAUGUUGUGUACUUUGAGGUCUGAAACAAAAGCAGUGCUGAAUUGUUGGAAGAAAAUGAGUGUGCAUUCAGUGUUCAACGAUCCUUGUGCUAUAUUUCAGGAGAUGUUGUGUGACUGAAUCUAUUCAGCAGAACACGCGUUGUCAACACAAUGAAAAGUAGGCAGUGGAGUUAUUUAUCAAUCUAAAAAAAAAUCCUCAAUGUUUAAAAUUUCUGUCAUUAGUUCAUCCUACUCUGGUAGUUUAUUUGUAUUACCACAAUAUUACCUGUGAAAAUCUAGCUGUAAUAAUGAGAUGUUAAAAGGAGACAAUUUGUGUGAUUAGCACCACUGACCUAUUUCUUGUUGUGCCAUCAUAAUCCAUAUACAAAGUGUGCUCUUUCAAUCUAAAAUAUAUCUUUCCUGUUAAUUAUCAUCUUUCCUGAUGUUUCAGUGGUCACUGCAGGUUGUUGAUAGUACAGUGUGUUUUAUUGUCUGUCCUGAUGUUUAGGUAUUCACUGGUCAUUUGCAGUAUUACAUAUCAUUCCUGAGUGUAGGCUCAGACUUUAUGUAGCCCUUACUUGUUUUGUUUUGUUAAGGAUUGACUUUGUGUCUUCAGAAGAGCUGUGCUGUUAUUAUGAAAAAGAAUGUGAUGUACAAUUGUUGUUAGAAGUAAUACAGAAAAACCUGCUAUCUUACUCGGCUACAUUCAGCACUAAAUGUAUUCUUUUAUUUUUAAGCUAGUGAGUUAGCCCUUAGAACCCCUAUUCCCGAGAUCAAGUUGUUACUUUCUGUGUUCAGCAAUACUUUGAAGUUUGUAAAGGUUCAUUUAUAUUUAUCUUACGAUGACUACCUUUAUUUUAGUUAUUUAACAAAAAAAAAAGAUAGCUUGAGAGUAAAAUUCUGGUUGAUAUUGUUAGGUGGUACAAUAUAUAUGAAGUCAAUGAUGCCCUCAUAGAAUUCAAUGUAAACAUUGAGGGAGGAGAGAUAACCCAGUACUGAUUUUCACUGAAAAUGAUUGCAAAAUGUGUAUUCCUCUUAUAAUCAAUUUUGAAUGUUGGGGAAUAUGGCUUAUUGCAAAUGUUAAUGUUUAUAAAAAAAUAAAGUGAUUUAUAUUGCUGAUAUUAAAUAACAACUAUUCUAAGCAUGUUUUGAGACAUAAAACGUAAGGGAAGGAUUUAUUAUAUAAAUAUAUAACGAGCCAUGUCUUAACAAUGGUUAAUCUGUUUCUUGAUAGUCCGGGAAAAGCCUGGAAAUCCUGAAGAAUUGUUAUCAUUUUUUUUGUUAAUACAAAAAGAGUAACCAGUUCCACUGUGAUAGUUGGUAUUUCUUUCUAUGCUGGUUAGGUGUUUUCUUUUCUGUUUUGGUAGUUUAGAUUUGGAAAAGAAAUGUUUUCAUUUCUAAAGAUGGCAUUCAUAGUUAGAACUGAGUAGUAUUGUUGUUAGAAUCUGUUAAUAUUAAUAUCCCCAUCCACAAAAGUCUAGGGAGUUUAUGCUCUGGUACAAUCUCUGCAGGUCAUGACAGGAACUGAAGGCACAAAGUCGGUGUUUCAGGUAUAAAAGAACUGACCAAUCAUUAAGCUGUUACAUGUCCUUUGAAAAUUACAAAGGAGCGAAACCUGACCUCAAAGCCAGUCAGUUUUACUGUUACACUUCCACACACUGCUUCUGAUACACAUCAAAGGAUCAAACUAGUCUAAUAGUCUUAUAGUCUAAUAGUAUCAUCUGCAAUGUAGCACAUACAGAUCCUUCAUUUUAUCGUGAUGUAUAUAUAUUCCCAUGGUGCAGAGAAUGUAAAUGAGCGUAACCCCUGAAUUUUCAAGGAUGUUUUACCCCAGUGCAAAGUGCUAGCUAAAACAAAAUUUAUUUUAUGAUUUCCCAUAAAUGUGUGAUGUAUUUCUUAACAGAUUAUGAUAUGGUGCUAAAGGAUGCAGUUAUAACCUUACAACUCUGCUCACACUACAUAGUGUUGUGGUACACUAAAUCAGGAGAUCACUAGAAUUUAUCCUCAUGUACACUGUGAGCCAAGAUUUAUCUACAAAUGUUUGACAAGAUGACCUUGAAAUAAGUUGAUAGACAUUUAAUACAAUAUGGAUUAUAACUUGUUUGUUAUAUUUGCAAUGCUAUUUAAAUCAUUGUUGUUUCACUGUAUAAAGGAAAAUGUUAUCAAUUAUUCCUAUUGUUUAUAUCAAUGAUGUGUGAUGUUACAUAUCCGUGUUAAUAUUCAGGUUUAAUCGGAGAGGUUAGAAAUCUACAUGAUAUUAUCAUUGUUGAAAAUUAAAUAAUUAUUGUUAAACCAGUUACAAUUGAGUUUCAAUAGUCCUGCCACAACAAACCUGGCCCUGGUAUCAUGAAACAAUCUUUUCAUGACGUUAUCUGUGAUUGGUUAAGUCAAAACUUACGACAACUCUAGACUUAAGAUCAUUUCAUGAUCAUGAUCUUACGGCCUGGAUUUCCCACUAUCAGCCGGUGUUUAAGGGGGGUUUCUAUACAGAAUUGUCCCAGCUAUCCAGCUGUUUCAACAACAGCCAUUUUUGCAGGGAACAAACAUGGCUGAAUUGUUGCAUUGAUUGCUGAACAUAUCUUUGCCUGUAAGAUAGGGUUAUUAUUGUUGAUGAAUCGCCUGAAUUUUAACUGUCUUUCAACUCUAAGAAUUUCUGUAUAUGAUACUCUAUGCAAGUUUUUAGACUGGCAGUUCGGUUUUUCAUCUGGAAGAUUGGUCCAGAGCAAAAUGUCCAUAAUAAAAUAUUCAGAGGAAUGAACAAAUAUUUAUCACUAAAAGUGAAAAGGCAAUCCUUAUUUAAAUGUGUGGAAAUUGAGUUUCCAGACUUGCAGUGUCCAGUACAAGAAUAUUGAAGAUUUGAACAAGCAGAAAACUGCUGUUUAUAGGUAAAUAUAAACAGCUUCCAACAAUAAUCUCAAACCAAAGCUUAAUACAAUACCUUGUAUAAGUCAUGUUACUCUGAAGUGUUAGUGAGAAAGGUAGAGGCAGAUUUGGACCCUGAAGCAUUCCUACACUUUAGUCCAAAUAUACUCAUUUAUACUGCCAUAUUGAGAUGCAGUUUUACCAUUAUAAUCAUGGGGAGGUUAUCAUUAUGGCUUGUUAAACAAAUUUGAUCUAAUGUCCAGGAGACCUAUUUGUUUUAUAGACAGUUGAAAUAGACUUAGUGUAGGACUGUUUCAUGGUUCCAGAGCCUCAACAGUGUAUUUUCAUGUUUUUGUUUUGCUGCUUUAUUGAUAGAGGGUUUGGGCUUUUAAUUAUGUGGUAUCCAAUAACCUGAUAACAUUUUAGGUAUUUCUUAAUCAAAAUACAAUUAGUACUAGUCAGAAGUGCUGUUUUACUGAACAUAUAAAUGUAACUUUUCUCAGCAUAAUAAAGAGAGUCACCCUGACUUUCACAUAAUUCCUGUUCUAUGCAGAAGUCUUAAACAUGAUACGAAAAGUACACGUUUCAUGUUUCAUGUUGUUUCCUAUGUAAGUUUUUAAAGUCAUAGCAAUUUUAUAGUGUUAAUUUCAAAGUGUUAAAGACGGGUGGUGAUAAGUUCUAGUUCCUGUUUUGUAAUAUGAUUUUAUAGUACUAACCUUAUAUGCUAACUGUAUAAUGUUAGACAUCUAGGAUACUUAUACAGACGUAAUGAUAUAUUGUUUUAAAUAAUUUUCAUUAUAAGAAUGUUUACUAAGUCAUGUCAGAUGUUCCAAUGAACCGUUCUUUAGAUUGAUUUUGUUUGGUUCAGACUGAUAUAAUUAUACUGUCUGUCUUUCUUAAAAAGUGUUUUUUUCUUGCAAAUGAUCCUGCCAUUUUUGACGUAAGGGUUCAAAUGUGAAAACAUAGUGUAUUAGAAACUCUAUUUAAUAUGUGUAUUGUGACAUUUGUUUAGCUCCCCUGUUGACCAAUCAGUGAGCUUAUGCACUUGUGUCCAUCUGUCAUCUAGAUAGUACUAGAGUCAUGAUUACUGUUAGGUGUCUUGGUGUGAAAGGCUAUCAAAUAAAAUGCAAUGACCUUGAACUGUUUUCAGUGUCACAGGUUUUAAAAAGUGUUAAAAAAGCUUCUACAGAACUUUAAUGCAUGUCAUGAUAUUUAUCCUGUAGCUUGAAUGGAAAAUGACUAUCUUUACCUAAUGUUUUAGGUCUGAUAUCAAAUGCAGUAAAAUUUUAAAAGCUACUUCUUCUACAGAACUAUGAGGGCUACAGUCAUAAUGGUACCAUAUGUUGUACCAUAUUGAAGGCUGUUUUAAGUGUGUCACAUUUUAAAUGACCUUCCUACUUUCAAGGUCAACAUAGGUUUCAAAUGAGUCAGCAAGAUGAGUGAUAAGGCCCUUGUAUUGUGUUAUGUCAAAUAAUGUUGCAUCUGUAUAAUUGAACAAAAUAUAUUGUUUUGUCAAUUUUGUUAAUGCGUUGAAUAUAUCCCUAUGGUAUAUAUUUUUUAGACUUAUACUUAUAGCAAAUAUUAACCUUGUUCUUUGGGGAAAAAAGCAGCAUUAGUUUUCUUGCGCUAAUUUUAUGUGAAAUCUGUUCUGCUUUUGAGAAUUCCAUUUAAUAUACCACUAUGUUAAGUUGUUUAGAUAUAAGAGAUGUUACAAUAACACAGUAUGUGUGUAUGUGAUACUACAGUGUGUGUCGUUACUGCUAGCCGGAAAUUAUUAUAACUACAUGUGUAAAAUGUUACCCAGACUGUAUGUCACAGUAAAAUGUAUGACGAUAGUGUUAUGUUUUAGACUAAUGAGUACCCUGGUUUAUUGGUAUGACAGUCGUAUAUUUUCGUGAGUGUGUUUUCAGAUAUGCUCUCCUUGCCUAGGAGCAUUUACAAGAAACACCAUUAUCAUCUACAUUGUACAUCCUAUACAUUGUUACUGAUGUGCAUGUAAGAUUGUUUAGACAUAUACACCCUAUACUUCUAUAAUCUCAAAAUUAAAAGUGCUGACAUAGCUUUAAUACUAAA